AUUUCAAACUCGUUUGAUGUAGGCCUCUUACAUACUUUCAGGACGUGCUACGCUCAUUGAGACUCAUAGGAACAUUUCAGAACAAUUUUUGCAAUAUACAGUUUGAAUUUUGAAGAAUUCAUAAGAAGAGUUCGUUUGUUUAGCCGACACGAGUAUAAGUUACAAAUAUUUUGGGCGGGUCAUCUGUCGUCGUCCAUAUGAUGGAAGUUCAGCGUAAGGGCCUACGGCUUUUAAAUACGUUCGAACCUGUAGAGCCAAAGAAAACACAGCUCUCAGUUGAGAAAAAGCCCGGAUUGAUACAUACCAAACCUUUUGUUAAGAAACCCAUUGUUAACAAAUCUGCUGUCAACAAAGUUGCCCCAUUUAUUAUUUUUCAAGACCCUGUUGAAGUUCACUGCCAGCAUUGUGGUGCUCUGUGGUCUAAAAGCCAGAAAGAUCUGAGUCCUAAUCCUUCAAAAGAGUAUAAGGAAACUGCUUCCCAAGUAGAAGACGUAGACCUUAAUGCUUGGCUGUGCUCAGAGCAUCCACCUGAAAAUUAUUGGGAAACCAUUGCGGAACAAAGGCGAGUGGCUUUAAAGGAAACCUUGGAUGAAAAUAUGGAGCUGUGUGCACUCGUUGAAAAACUGAACCUUGAAAUUGAAAGACUAAGUGCUAUCGCUUCACAUGCUGAUCACUUUGCCUCAGUGUACAACCAGAUGUUCAAAGAGCAAGAAGCACACAAUAACCACUCCACAGAGCCUCAGGAUUCCAGCUGUAAACUUGACUCAGCACAAAUGACGUGAAUAUCUCAUACCAGGCUUUAUGUACUAAGUCUAAAGAUUUAAACUUUAAAUUUUGUGAUUACUUUUGUACUUAUGUGUAAUUUCAUAAUACUAAUAGAUAUGUUAUUAAUGUCUUCCA